AUGUCCAGCAUGCUGCCACUCACCCGCCGCCGGGAGGACGUACUCGCGUCCCUCGCCGUCUGGCUCCCCAGAACCGCAUCGUCCCCUCAUCUCACCGCCCUCCCAUACUCGCCAGCGACCGCGUCCUCUUAUGGACCACUCCACACUCCCAAUCCUUCCAACAAGCACUGGAGCAUCUUCUCCCCUCAAUCGCAAUUCUCCGACUUUUCCAAUACUGUGACCAGCACGCAAUCCCCGAGUCGCAGUGCAUGCCGGCAUCAGAGUCACUCCUGGCAGCGUUUGCAGCCUCCGCUGCGGGCACGAUCUCGGAUAAAACUCUCUCUAACUGGCUCGCCGGUCUCCACUACUGGCACACAGUCAACGGUGCAGCAUGGCACGGACGCGAUAUGCUACGCCACGUUCAACGAGGCCCUCAUCGUUCUCAAGGAUGGGCUCGACCUCUCCAACGCCUUUGACGUGGCCGUCUGGGCAUUAGCUAGCAUCGCCUUUUGGUGCUGCUGCCAGUACGUGCACACCUCCAACUCCUCUCCCUCAGACAUCUCCCGUACCUCAUCCCACACUCACACUCACACUGUCCUCCACAGCCUGGGUGAACUCGUCAUCCCGAGUACGAAUCUCUUCGACCAGCUCAAACAUGUCUCCCGCUCCGUUCUCCCCAUCACGUUCAGCCGCCUCACUAACGGUGUCGACUACACCACCUUCCACAUACCGUGGACGAAGACGACCAUGCAGGAUGGCGCUGACAUCUCCAUCAUCGCGCGUGCUCAUCCCACAUGUCCACUCACCACACUUCGUCACCACCUCUCAUGUAACGUCGACAUCAUCGCAUCGGCUCCCCUCUUCGCGUUCGAAACUGCGGCCGGUGGCUGGUCCCCCAUGACCAAGCCAUGGUUCAUGCAACGCUGCAACGCGGUUUGGGUCGCGGCCGGUUUCCCAGACAUGCCGGGCCACGCGUUCCGCAUUGGGGGCGCGACAGAGCUGCUUCUGCAAGGGGUUAACCCGGCCCGGACAUAG